AUGUCUUCAGACGCUGAGAUGGCUGUCUUCGGAGAGGCAGCUGUGUAUCUCCGAAAGUCAGAAAAGGAAAGAAUUGAGGCGCAGAACAAGCCUUUCGAUGCCAAGACAGCUGUGUUUGUGGUGCAUCCUAAAGAAUCUUUUGUGAAAGGAAAAAUCCAGAGCAAGGAAUCAGGAAAGGUCACUGUCAAGACUGAAGGUGGAGAGACCCUGACCAUGAAGGAAGAUCAGAUCUUCCCCAUGAACCCUCCCAAGUACGAUAAAAUCGAGGACAUGGCCAUGAUGACCCACCUCCACGAACCCGCUGUGCUGUACAACCUCAAAGAGCGUUACGCAGCCUGGAUGAUCUACACCUACUCGGGUCUCUUCUGCGUCACUGUCAACCCCUACAAGUGGCUGCCGGUGUACAACCCGGAGGUGGUGUUGGCCUACCGAGGCAAGAAGCGCCAGGAGGUCCCUCCACACAUCUUCUCCAUCUCUGACAAUGCCUAUCAGUUCAUGCUGACUGAUCGUGAGAACCAGUCGAUCCUGAUCACCGGAGAAUCCGGUGCCGGGAAGACUGUGAACACAAAGCGUGUCAUCCAGUACUUUGCAACAAUUGCAGCGAGUGGGGAGAAGAAGAAGGAGGAGCAGUCAGGCAAAAUCCAGGGAACGCUUGAGGAUCAAAUCAUCAGCGCUAACCCACUGCUGGAGGCCUUUGGAAAUGCCAAGACCGUGAGGAACGACAACUCCUCCCGCUUUGGUAAAUUCAUUCGAAUCCACUUUGGGGCCACGGGCAAACUGGCUUCUGCUGACAUUGAAACAUAUCUGCUGGAGAAGUCCAGAGUCACUUUCCAGCUCAAGGCAGAAAGAAGUUACCACAUAUUUUAUCAGAUCAUGUCCAACAAGAAGCCAGAGCUAAUUGACAUGCUCCUCAUUACCACCAACCCAUAUGACUACCAAUUUGUGAGUCAAGGUGAGGUCACGGUUCCCAGCAUUGAUGACCAGGAGGAGCUGAUGGCUACAGAUAGUGCCAUUGACAUCCUGGGCUUCACUGCUGAUGAGAAAAUAGCCAUUUACAAGCUGACGGGGGCUGUCAUGCACUACGGGAAUCUGAAGUUCAAGCAGAAGCAGCGUGAAGAGCAGGCAGAGCCAGACGGCACAGAAGUUGCUGACAAGGCUGCCUAUCUGAUGGGUCUGAACUCAGCAGACCUGCUCAAGGCACUGUGCUACCCCCGAGUCAAGGUUGGGAAUGAAUAUGUGACCAAGGGUCAAACCGUGCAGCAGGUGCACAAUUCAGUGGGUGCUUUGGCAAAGACUGUCUAUGAGAGGAUGUUCUUAUGGAUGGUUGUUCGUAUUAAUCAACAGCUGGAUACGAAGCAGCCCAGACAGUACUUCAUUGGUGUCCUGGACAUUGCUGGCUUUGAGAUCUUUGAUUUCAAUAGCCUGGAGCAGCUGUGCAUCAACUUCACCAAUGAGAAACUGCAGCAGUUCUUCAACCACCACAUGUUCGUGCUGGAGCAGGAGGAGUACAAGAAGGAGGGAAUUGAAUGGACAUUCAUUGACUUUGGGAUGGACCUGGCUGCCUGCAUUGAGCUCAUUGAGAAGCCUAUGGGCAUCUUCUCCAUCCUGGAAGAGGAGUGCAUGUUCCCCAAGGCAACUGACACCUCUUUCAAGAACAAGCUCUACGACCAACAUCUGGGCAAGUCCAACAACUUCCAGAAGCCCAAGCCUGCCAAAGGCAAGGCUGAGGCCCACUUCUCCCUGGUGCACUAUGCUGGCACAGUGGACUACAACAUCUCUGGCUGGCUUGAGAAGAACAAGGACCCCCUGAAUGAAACUGUCAUUGGGUUGUAUCAGAAAUCAUCACUGAAAACACUGGCAUUACUCUUUGCCUCUUAUGGUGGAGAAGCAGAAAGUGGUGGUGGCAAGAAAGGUGGGAAGAAGAAGGGUUCUUCCUUCCAGACUGUCUCAGCACUUUUCCGGGAGAAUUUAAACAAGCUGAUGACCAAUCUGCGCAGCACCCACCCACAUUUUGUGAGAUGCAUCAUCCCCAAUGAAAUAAAAACACCUGGUGCUAUGGAGCAUGAGCUGGUGCUGCACCAGCUUCGGUGCAACGGCGUGUUGGAAGGGAUCAGAAUUUGCAGGAAAGGAUUCCCCAGCAGAGUUCUCUAUGCUGAUUUUAAGCAGAGAUACAGAGUGCUGAAUGCAAGUGCUGUCCCAGAGGGACAGUUCAUGGAUAGCAAGAAAGCUUCUGAGAAGCUCCUUGGGUCUAUUGCCAUUGAUCACACCCAGUACAAAUUUGGUCAUACCAAGGUGUUCUUCAAAGCUGGGCUUAUAGGCCUUCUGGAGGAGAUGAGGGAUGAGAAACUGGCACAACUCAUGACUCGCACACAAGCCAGGUGCAGGGGCUUCCUGAUGAGAGUGGAGUACCAGAGAAUGGUGCAGAGGAGGGAGUCCAUCUUCUGCAUCCAGUACAACAUCCGUGCAUUCAUGAACGUGAAGCACUGGCCCUGGAUGAAGCUGUUCUUCAAGAUCAAGCCCUUGCUGAAGAGUGCAGAAUCUGAGAAGGAGAUGGCCAACAUGAAGGAGGAGUUUGAGAAAACCAAGGAAGAGCUUGCAAAGUCUGAGGCAAAGAGGAAGGAGCUGGAGGAGAAAAUGGUGAAAUUGGUGCAGGAGAAGAAUGAUCUGCAGCUCCAAGUGCAGGCUGAAGCAGAUAACUUGGCUGAUGCUGAAGAAAGAUGUGACCAGCUGAUAAAAACAAAACUUCAGCUGGAAGCAAAAGUUAAAGAGAUAAUUGAAAGAGCAGAAGAUGAGGAGGAAAUUAAUGCCGAGCUGACAGCCAAGAAGAGGAAACUGGAGGAUGAAUGCUCAGAGCUGAAGAAUGACAUCGAUGAACUUGAGAUAACACUGGCCAAGGUUGAGAAGGAAAAAUAUGCCACUGAAAACAAGGUGAAAAACCUGACAGAGGAGAUGGCAGCCCUGGACGAGACCAUUGCCAAGCUGACAAAAGAGAAGAAAGCCCUCCAAGAGGCCCAUCAGCAGACACUGGAUGACCUGCAGGUAGAAGAGGACAAAGUCAAUACGCUGACCAAAGCUAAGACCAAGCUGGAGCAGCAAGUGGAUGACCUGGAAGGGUCCUUGGAGCAAGAGAAGAAGCUGCGCAUGGACCUUGAGAGAGCCAAGAGGAAACUCGAAGGAGACCUGAAGCUGGCCCAUGACACCAUAAUGGACUUGGAAAAUGAUAAGCAGCAGCUGGAUGAGAAACUGAAGAAGAAAGACUUUGAAAUCAGCCAGAUCCAGAGCAAAAUCGAGGAUGAGCAAGCCCUGGGCAUGCAAUUACAGAAGAAGAUCAAGGAGCUGCAGGCGCGCCUGCAGGAUGCAGAGGAACACGUUGAGGCUGUGAAUGCCAAAUGUGCCUCCCUGGAAAAGACCAAGCAGAGGCUGCAGAAUGAAGUGGAGGACCUGAUGAUCGACGUGGAGAGAUCUAAUGCUGCCUGCGCAGCUCUGGAUAAGAAGCAGAAGAACUUUGACAAGAUCCUGGCAGAAUGGAAGCAGAAGUAUGAGGAAACGCAGGCUGAGCUGGAAGCCUCCCAGAAGGAGUCUCGCUCUCUCAGCACGGAGCUCUUUAAGAUGAAGAAUGCCUAUGAGGAGUCCUUGGACCACCUGGAAACGCUGAAGCGGGAGAACAAGAACUUGCAGCAGGAGAUUUCUGACCUCACGGAGCAGAUUGCAGAGGGGGGAAAGGUGAUUCAUGAGCUGGAGAAAAUCAAGAAGCAGAUCGAGCAGGAGAAAUCUGAAAUCCAAGCUGCUCUAGAGGAAGCUGAGGCCUCCCUAGAACAUGAAGAGGGGAAAAUACAGUGCCUCCAGCUUGAGCUCAACCAAGUGAAAUCUGAGAUUGACAGGAAGAUUGCAGAGAAAGAUGAGGAGAUUGACCAGAUGAAGAGAAACCACCUCAGAAUUGUGGAGUCCAUGCAGAGCACCCUGGAUGCUGAGAUCAGGAGCAGGAACGAAGCCCUGCGGCUGAAGAAGAAGAUGGAGGGAGACCUGAAUGAAAUGGAGAUCCAGCUGAGCCAUGCCAACCGCGUGGCUGCAGAGGCCCAGAAGAACCUGAGAAACACGCAGGCAGUGCUCAAGGAUACCCAGAUACACUUGGACGAUGCUCUCAGGACACAGGAGGACCUGAAGGAGCAGGUGGCCAUGGUGGAGCGCAGAGCAAACCUGCUGCAGGCUGAAGUUGAGGAGCUACGGGCAGCCCUGGAGCAGACGGAGCGCUCGAGGAAAGUGGCUGAGCAGGAGCUCCUGGAUGCCACUGAACGUGUGCAGCUCCUCCAUACCCAGAACACCAGCUUGAUCAACACCAAGAAGAAGCUGGAAACAGACAUCGCCCAAAUUCAGGGUGAAAUGGAGGAUACGAUCCAGGAAGCCCGCAAUGCUGAAGAGAAGGCCAAGAAGGCCAUCACAGAUGCAGCCAUGAUGGCCGAAGAGCUGAAGAAGGAGCAGGACACCAGUGCCCACCUGGAGAGGAUGAAGAAAAACCUGGACCAGACGGUGAAGGACCUGCAGCACCGUCUGGAUGAGGCCGAGCAGUUGGCACUGAAGGGAGGCAAGAAGCAAAUCCAGAAGCUGGAGGCCAGAGUGAGGGAGCUGGAAGCGGAGGUUGACGCUGAGCAGAAGCGCAGCACUGAAGCCGUGAAGGGCGUGCGCAAGUACGAGAGGAGGGUGAAGGAGCUGACCUACCAGUCUGAGGAAGACCGGAAGAAUAAUCUCAGGCUGCAGGACCUGGUGGACAAGCUGCAAAUGAAGGUGAAAUCCUACAAGAGGCAAGCUGAGGAGGCUGAGGAGCUGUCCAAUGUCAACCUCUCCAAAUUCCGCAAGAUCCAGCACGAGCUGGAGGAAGCCGAGGAGCGGGCUGACAUUGCAGAGUCCCAGGUCAACAAGCUCCGAGCAAAGAGCCGGGAGUUUCAUAAGAAGGUAGAAGAGGAGGAAUGAGGAUCUCAAGGCUAAAAAGUGACCUGAGGCAUGCAUAAAAUGUAAAUCUCUGAGUUGCUUUCUUCUGUAAUUAUAAUUUAUGUCUAGGUAAUAAAUACAGUAGAGAUCUC